AAAGUCUUAAUUAAUCGAAUGCAUGUGUCUUAAUUAAUGCUACUCGACAAACAAUGUUGGAAAAUCUACGAAUAUCAUGUGAUAUCAACCACAUUAAAUUUAUGUUAUCCUUUUCCUUAUCCUUUCUAGUAAUUAGAUUUAUUUUUCAUUUUACUUGUUUUUUUUAAUACAUCGUAUACUAUCUAUUUAUAGGAUCAUCACCGGUUAAGUACAUCUCUUACCACAAGAUUGUUGGAGAAAUGGUUUCAUCACUUAACAUCAUCGAAGUGGCACGAGUCACCCCUUCAAACUCUGACUCGGCCGAGUCACUCAGUCUCCCACUCACUUAUUUCGACCUUAUCUAUUAUAAACUUCGCGCCGUCGAACGAGUCAUCUUCUACCGAAUCACCAACGUAACUCGCCCUUUCUUUGACUCAGUCAUCGUCCCAAAUCUCAAAACCUCUCUAUCCUCAUGCCUCUCUCACUAUCUCCCACUCGCUGGCAAACUUAUAUGGGAACCACUUGAUCACAAACCAACCAUUGUCUACUCCCAAAACGACGACGUUUCAUUCAGCGUCGCCGAAACAAACGCUGAUUUCUCUAGUUUAUCCGGCAAUGAACCAUUCCCCUCCACCGAGUUGUACCCGUUAGUCCCCGCGUUACAAAGCUCCGACGACUCGGCCUCCAUUGUGUCGUUCCAAGUCACGUUAUUUCCAAACCAAGGAUUUUGCAUCGGCGUAAGUGCACAUCAUGCCGUUUUAGAUGGAAAAACGACAACCAUGUUUCUCAAAUCCUGGGCUCACAUAUGUAAACAUCAAGAUUUUUCUCUACCGCAGGAUUUAAUCCCAACUUACGAUCGUACGGUCAUUAAAAGUCCAACGGAUAGUGAAAACAAAGUUUUGAAUGAGUGGCGCUCUUUCACCAAAAUAUUAGCUGGUGGUAAAGAACCUGCCAACCCCAAGAGUUUAAAGCUUAAUCCAUCAUUUGAGAUUGGUCCUGACGUUGUCCGAUACACUCUCCAGCUCACGCGUGAAGAUAUCCAAACGCUUCGCGAGAGACUUAAGAGAGAAGUUUCCUCCUCCUCCUCCUCAACCUCAUCCUCAAAAGAGCUUCGCUUGUCUACAUUUGUUAUUGUUUACUCGUAUGUAUUAGUAUGCAUAAUAAGAGCUCGAGGCGGGGAACCACAUAGACCGGUUGGAUAUGCGUUUUCGGUGGAUUGUCGAAGCCUCAUGAAUCCGCCGACUCCAAAUUAUUUUGGAAAUUGCAUCGCUGGUUGCUCUAGAAUGAUGCUGACGGCAAAAAUGUUUAUGGGUGAAGAAGGACUUUUGGCUGCUGCGACAAUGGUCAGCGAUUCGAUCGAAGAAUGGGACGAGAGUUUUGCGUGGAAGAUUCCGGAUUUUGUAGCAUAUGCAACUCUUCCACCAGAGACACAACUUAUUUUAGUUUCAGGGUCUAACCGAUUUGGAGUAUACGAGUUGGAUUUUGGGUGGGGUAGACCUGAUAAAGUGAUGGUUGUGUCGAUCAGUCCAGGCAAUGGGAUUUCCAUGGCGGAAAGUAGAGACCAAAACGGCAGUGUGGAGAUUGGCUUCUCACUCAAGAAGCACGAAAUGGACACAUUGAUUGAUUUGCUUCAUUGUGAACUAACUAUUUAAAUAAACUUUUCUUUACAUGAAUAAAAUUGAUUCUCUAAACAAUAUCUUUAAAACGAUAACACCAACUUAUCUAAUCAAAUUAUUUUUAGGAAUACAAUUUGUGAGAUGAUAUUAUAACUGAAAGUUAACGCCGUGAUUGUUUGG